AUGGAUCUCCCGUCACUGAAGCGCUGUACUGUGCGGCGCCUGCUUGCCGAGAUCGGCUUCAAGUACGAGAAGAGGUGCCGCAACUCGCUGCUUAUCGACCGCGACGACAUCGUCGAGUGGCGGAAUCGCUACCUUCGUGACGUGGAGCGCUACCGGGCGGAAGGCCGAAAGAUCUUCUUCCUGGACGAGACAUGGGUGACGGCGGGACACACUCAGUUGACCGUAUGGACAGACACCGUGGUGCAGAAGCGCGGACGCCUGUACGCUCGCGCAAAUGGCCUUUCAACGGGUCUGAAACAACCCUCUGGGAAAGGCCAGCGCCUGAUCGUCACGCACAUCGGCAGUGAAGAUGGGUUCGUAGACGGCUGCUUGGAUGUAUUCCGAGGGCGAAAAACAGGCGAUUACCACGAAGAAAUGGACGGCAAUCGCUUCGAGGGAUGGUUCGGCGACGUGCUGCAGAAGUUGCCAGCUGGUAGUGUCAUUGUUUUGGACAAUGCACCUUACCACUCCCGGCAAGAAGAGAAAUUGCCGACGACGUCCUGGAAGAAGGAAAACAUACAAGAGUGGCUGAAUAGCAAGGACAUCGCCUACAGCGCGACGUUAGUGAAGAGGCAGCUGCUUGAGUUGGUGGCAUCUGUGAAGCCACGCUUUCUCAGCUACAUCAUAGACAACGCAGCUGCAAGGGCCGGUUGCGUUGUGCUCAGGCUCCCGCCGUACCACUGCGAAUUCGAUCCCAUUGAGCUCGUGUGGGCAAAGGUGAAAAAUGGUAUCGCUGCGGACAACCGAGACUUUAAGCUGUGCACUGUUGAAGACAUCUUGAGGGAAAAAAUCAAGAACGUAACGGCGGAAGACUGGAGGAAGAACAUCCGGCAUGUGAUGGAACUGGAGGCUAAGUUCCGAGUUGACACGUCUGGAAGUGACCAUGUCCAGCCCAUCGUCAUCCAACUGGGGGAAGAUGACACUGAAGAAAGCGACUCUGACUGCGAGCUGUCCGGCUUUGAGCCCCUCGAGGAAGCUUAA